AUGGAGGUGGGUGGCUGGAUUGGUGCCCUCAUUUUCUCACCCUACCAUCACACAGAAACGGGCGCCAUCAAAGCCCACUGUGAUGAAGCAGAAGCCGUAGUGGUCCAGCGAGCUCAGGAACUGUUAGGCCUUUUCUUUCAGGGGCACUCAGCCAUAGUAGCAGUUACGCCCCAGCCUUACUUUGACCACCUCAAGCUUCUUGCUUACCCGAUUGCAGCAGAGAGGUUCGGUCUCAUUGCCAUCAUUAUUGACCUUACUGCAAUUGGUGGCACACGUUUCGCGGCCUGUGUCCAUGCUGGGUGCACUGUAGAUGAGGUUCUGAGGCAAGCCAACGGAGAACACCAGCCGGAUCCGAGCGGUUGCCAUGUCCGUGUCGGACUCGACCCAUCCCCUUGGCCAUGGAACCUGUCUCUGCCGCUCUCUCAUGGGGAUGUAGUUUCUGUCAGGCCUGCUGCUGAGCAGUACAAUCCAGGUCCCACAGUGGACCAGAUUCUGGCCAAUGGACAGUGGACUUGGCCGCACCUACUGCUCCCACAUUACCAUAGCUCCGGUUUUGCUACCCUCUUUCAGGGUUCCCUCCGGUUUCUCGAAGCCGCGUUGUUUCCAGACAUGGUUCACCAUGACAUGGUGAGAGCCUUCCAUGGCCAGGACUUUCCUGACCACCAUAUGCACCUCUUUGCCACGACAACCUCGCUUGAUUUCCAAGGCAAGAAGUGUACCGGAGUCUUUGUGGUCACCGAGGAUGGAGAUGGCUUCCGUCCAAGACAACCGUUGGCGGACAUCCCCAGGAUAGUUUUCUGUGACUUGCGACCACUCGGCUACACACCAUUUGUGUACCACACGCUCCGGACGGAGUGGAUUGAGGCUGCUUUCCUUGAGGCCAUUGGUAUGCAAGAGCCUCCUGGUUACCGACUCCGCGUCAUCGGUGCCGAGAGUGAUUUACAUCUCGUCAGCUUCAAGCGAUACAACAGCAUCGAGCUCAUCCUUGAACCAGCUCCGGCCAUUGUUGAAGGACCCGGAGAAGAGGAACCGCCCACAGAGGAUGAACCGGAGGUCCAGUCAGAGGCCUCGCAAUCCUCUCGUCCCUCGUCGCAGCCACCCGGCAGCGACGAGGAGUCUACUUUGCCACACACCAUGACAGGUCAGGCCAGCAGGUCUCCCAGUCGUUCGCGUAGUCCCCAAAGGGCCUUCUUCUGUGACAAUCUGGAUUCUGACCCUGCGCAUGAUGAGGUGCAGGAGCAUUUAGACGGCCCGGCUUUGCAUCACAUCUUGGCAGUGACUUCACACGCUGUGCUAUCAGCCCCGGCUGCGGUUGUCGCAGGAGACGCGAUAGAAGCUGCAAGUAGCGCCACUGCACUUGCUACAUUCUUCGUGUUGGCCUUGGAAUGUGAGGUCGAACAGGUCCAGAUUGCCUUCCAAACUCCGAUGCAACCACCACAGGUCUUGCAAGCAGUCAACGAAGGACUUGAGGACCCUGAACGUUUCUCUGUCUAUGCCUUUGGACAUCCUGCACCACUGGGUGAUGAAGAGAUUGUGGAAGUAGCCAAGAGGUUUUGUUGUGUCACGGAUAGAGGACACACCCUCAUCGAAUGGGAUGAUACACCAGCCGUCCAGCAUCGGCAUUACUUGUCACGGGUCUUGCAAGUCCCGGAGCCUGAACUUACCAUCCAGCCGGCACAUCCUCCAAUUGCAGAUGUUGUCAUCCGUGGUUGGCCUUGUCUGGCUACUUUUGCAGCCUCAAGUGAAAUUUGCCGUCUGCCAAUUCCGCCAGCUGCGCCGAGACCUUUGGAGACGCUUUCGAUUGUGGAUAGCCGGCCUUUGCUUCAGGGACUUUCCGCGAUCACAGUUGUGAAUGGAAAGUAUUCACAUCAGGCUCUCAUGACUGAGCUGUCUUACUUCCUCCCAGAAGGAUACCAGCCGCAAGCUGAUGGGGCUGGGUUAGAUGAUCAGGGCAAUUUCCUGCUUGACGCCGGCAGAGUUCUGGUCGCACAGUUUGCACCAGUGUCCAGCGCGGAUGAGGACGAUGGGUCCCCCCCUCCAAUUGAACAUGGUGAAUCCGAUGAAUCAGAUUCACCGGACCCCUCCUCAGAUCAUGCGGAUGCGGAGGAUGCUGACCAAGACCGGCCUUUUGCGACUGGCCUGUCCUUUCAGUCUCCUGCAAAGACUGGUGUAGUCUUCUUCAUCAAGCCGACGCCACUCUUCUUGCUCCACCAGGUGAGCCGGGUACACCCCUCUUCAGCUGUCUUGGAUGCGGAGUCGGUUGCUUGGGCCGCUGUGCUGGUGUAUGUACCAAUGGUUGCGCCAGAAUUCCUCGCCAUUGCUUUCCGCUUUCCUUCCACACUCGCAGAAGGCUUGGCCAUGAUUGUAGAGGAAAGAGACCCAGCACAACAACGGCGUUUCCCGCACUUGGUAGCAGCAUCCCCGCAGACGUUGCCAGGUGCUGGUGUUUUUGUCGCAGCCCCACACUGGAGCCCUGACAUGAACAUUUUGUUUGUAGAUGCCACCAGAUGGGACGGCAGACACUUUGCUGUCCAGGGCCCUGCAUACCUAGAUAGGGCCGCAGCAAUCCACCUGCUGGGUAUCCCGGACACUCCGCAAGUUGAGGUUUACCUUGGGGAUGCUCCUGCGCCUUUAGGUGAACAGCCCAUGCACACGCACCCUGGCCUAGCGUUGGUUGCAGUGCCGACUGGGUAUACGCAAAGGCCCACUGUGGACAUCACAGAAAUGAUGACCAGGCCCAGUCUUUGGGCACAGGACUACGACCUGCCGCCAGAUGACAGCCCGUCGUACUGUGUGGUCGUCGAUGACCAGCUUGUCUUGUUUACAUACGACAAUGCACAUCCCACGCGAUACCGCCAACAUCUGGCAUCUGCUUUGCACAUGCGGGCAGCAGAAAUUGCCAUCUAUCCUUCGCGCCCCAGGGUGACUGAUGCUGUGCUGGAUGGCAUGCCCUGUAGGACGGUUCUUGCAGUCACUGAACGACACCCACAGGAUCAUCCUGACGGCCAUUUCCAAGUCCUGAUCGACUGUCGCCCAUUUUUGCAAGGCUGGCGAGCAGUUGAGGUCAGCAAUGGGGUCCUUUUAGUCGAGGACCUUAAAGUUAGCCUUCAAUCGCGAGCACCGCCAGGCUAUGAGGUUUACCUGCCGGAGGUUCCCAUCGGGGAAGCUGUCUACCAGGUGCUUUCAGGCCAGGUACUCCAGGCUGAAGUCAUGCCUCAGGCCACGAGACUUAGUGCACCUGUUGAAGUGUCAGCGACGGCAGCUCCAAGCCUGCCUGAAGUUGCAACACAGACUGCUUCUUCAUCCUCCGUUGGAGGUCGGGGGCCUGACCGGGCUGUGACAGCCUCUUCGGCACCAUCGGCCACUGCCAGGGUAUCCUCAGAUGUUGUUCAGGAUGGCACAUCCUCCAGUACAGCAGGCCCCAGGUACACUGAGGUUCCCUUCCUAGUUCUGGCGCCAGAGUAUGCCCCCGAGCUGGUCACGGUCCGACUGAGCCUGCCACAGACCCUCCAUGGGGCCCUCAUGCAUGUCUCGGCAGCUAGGCUCCCCGAGCCGGCCAGGCGUUUUCCGAGGCUUAUAGCCGUACGCGCCCAGACAUUUCCCGCCUGGGGAAUGCUCAUUGUGGCGCCAGUUUGGGAUACGCCAUGCGUCACUGUUUGCUUUGAUUGCCGUCUUGACCAACGCCUUUUUGCGUUGGAAGUGCCACCAAGACUCCAGCGGGGGGACCUCAUACGUCUUCUGGAAUUACCUGAAGGAGUGGAAGCCGUCAUCUAUUUCAAUGAUGUGCCCUGGCCUGUUAUGGAGGGGGCUGUUUUGGAGGUACAGGAAGCUGACCUCAUUCUUGUGCUUCCGCCUUAUCAUGGAGUAUUCAUUACUUCGUCCCUGGAAGAUGCUCUCCAGAGCCCAGCAGGGUGGAACCCCAGAGCGGAGCCACCUGGGGACUACAGGGGCCAGGCCCGAAUUCUUGCGGACGCCAGACACUUCAGUUUUGUGGUCCCGCGAGGACGCCAGAGGCUGAUUCGACAGGACUUGGCCCAACUCUUGGAAUGUUUCCCAGCACACCUCAUUUUACGUCCGGCUGCUCCGGCUAUAGCAGACCAUACGUAUAAAGGUGCAGCCAGUAGGGCCGUUGUUGUGGCGACCAUGGCCGUCCCUGGCAACACCUACCACACGGCUAGCCAAGUGGACCCAGUUUUCUUCCUUGACAGGUAUGCAGCCAGGCCGCAGGCAGGCCUCCUGGAGUUGGCCUUGGAGGUCGGACCCACGUUGGAUACCGGUUGUGUGGAAACAAUCCGCCUCCAAACUGCAGUGCCGCUGUCCUCCUUCCAGACACGGGCACUCACCCUGUUGGAUAUCGUCCCACCUCCGCCGAUGCAGCUGUCGCCGUCAGCUUUGGACAAUGACUGGCUAGAUACAGAUCUUCGACCUUUGUUGGCAGACCCAUGUGUCCCUGAUAACUGGCGAGCCAGUUUUCGCACUAUCGAUGUUUGGCAUCAGCACCCAGAUUGGGAUGCAUUGUGCCAGCUGGAAGUGUACACUGACGGUUCUGCGGAUAGUCCAGUUAAUGUGGAUGCUGACAUCAGACCAGCCGCCUGGGCCUUUUCGGUGUGGGCACGAACCCCCACACGGCUUGCUCUGCUUGGUUUCAGUGCCUAUACCGCGGCACCUCCGCAUACGCCCUUUUGGCUUGGUGAAUUGGAGGAUACACCACUUGUAGCUGAGCUGCUGGCUCUAGGAUGGGCCAUGGCAUGGGCUCUGGAGUUGGCGCCGCAUCUCCAGGUCCCGACCCUGUUUUGCUAUGAUGCACAGGCAGCAGGCGCAGGGGUCUUUGCGGCUGCCAGCACACCACGGGUAGCCAGCGAACCCGGAGGCCCAAAUGUAGGCGACAUUGUGGCACUUUUCCGCCAAGCCCUCUCAGCGCGUUCAGCCAUCGGGCAUUGCCACGUGUCAGCACAUUCGGGUGUGCUUCCCAACGAGCUGGUUGAUCAGUUAUCAAAAAAGGCCAGACGUGAUGGUAGCCCUGUCUAUGAGCGUCUCCUACCAGAGUGGCCAGGACAAUGGGCUGGACAUUCCUUGCGUCAGUGGGGCUGGCUAGCACACCACAGCAGCCCUUGCCUGCCUUAUCUGCCAGCUCUCCAAGCAGACGCCUGCCGUCUGCAGAGCCAACGCCCCUUCGUGGUUCCGCCCACCAGAGGUGUGCAACAGGUUGAACAUCGGGCAGCCGACGUGCAAUAUGACAUCACUUGGGCCUCCUUCAAUGUUCUCUCCCUGUUUGACGCGCAUGUACCACAUGGGCGGCAUCUGCGGGCACAGCACGCAGGCAUGAUGAUCGCAGGCAAAAGGGAUGUGCUGAAAGCCCAGUUUCUCAAGAAAGGGGUAUGGGCGGUUGGCCUGCAGGAGACGAGACUACCUCGGACCGAGGUCAUGCCUGACCGUCAUUUCCUUAUGCUUAACUCGGCAGCCACACCAGAAGGGGCCUACGGCUGCUCCCUUUGGUUAAAUUUGCAGGUGCCCUACGCUCGAGUCGCCGGAGUGGAAUACUUCGUGGACAGCCGUCACGUAUCAGUCGUCGGGCAGUCUGCCCGACAUUUGCUGGUCCAGGUGGAGGCACCCAGGUUGCGACUCACCCUUUUGGUUGCUCAUGGCCCCAGGCACACUGUCAGGGACCCAACCGCACCGGAAAGAUACUGGACAGAACGCCUGAAUGAGGUGUCCAAAAGGCCUCAGGGAUCGGACCUCGUUGUGUUGGCCGACUCCAAUGCUCAUCUUGGGUCAGUGGUCACUGAAGCGGUUGGGCCGCUUGAUCCAGAGCCCGAGAAUGAGGCUGGGGAGGCCUUUCACUCUUUCCUCCUUCAAGUGGGUGCCCAUUCCGUCAAGUAUCGCUUGGAUUUUGUUGCAGUGCCCAACAGCUGGGAUCACUUUCCUGUGACAUUGCGAUCCCAGUUCUGCAAGCUCCAGCCAUCGGAGUCUUACUGUGCAAGCAAACGUUUGGAAUGGAGUGUGCCUGUCGACCCUCACUUUGAUGGAGUAGCAGAUGCCCUCAUAGCCGCAGGUGAUUCGCACCAGCCCGAGCGGCCGGGGGCAAUUCGUACCUACCUGCGCCGCGAGGAGUCGGAGCUUGCUCGCAGGAGGCUGUUGAUUGGCUUUGCGGCGCUCAGGCUAGCACGUGAAAAUCGGGUAUUUCAGCCUGCAGCUCUGCAACAAGCCGGCAUUUGGCUGUGGGAAAUGGAUGUCAGUAUAGCCAGAGCCUUGGAUAUGCACUAUUGGCUUACGGCUUCUCUCCGGGCUGCCAUAAAGAGAGACCGCGUCCAAUACCUAGAGGGUCUAGUUGCGCAGAUCUCCCUGUCGGACCUCCGCCAGCCUCGGGAACUUUAUGCGGCCGUCCGCAAAGCUUUCCCUGCAGCACGUUCUUCUCGCCGUUCAGCCUUUCAGCCCCUCCCGGCAGUUCUUCUGGAGGAUGGAACUUAUGCGGUUGAUCGGGCAAGCAGAGAGGACAGAUGGACGUCCUUUUUUGCUGAUCAAGAGGCAGGCAAGCAGGUCAGUAUCGCAGGCUAUGAGGCUGCCUUCCGAACUUCGGACUUUGAUCCUGUUUGGAAUGGACCCCAUUUCGAUGUUGAGGCUCUUCCGAGCCUGCUGGAGGUAGAACGGCAGGUUUUGUCCCUGCCAUACCGCAAAGCAGCGGGCCCAGAUGGGGUCACAGGGGAGCUCCUUCGGUAUAGCCCUGCCUUUGUCUCCCAGUGGAUCUUUCCGCUGUAUUUGAAAACAGCACUCUCUCUGCAGGAGCCCACCCUUUGGCGAGGAGGGCAUCUUAUGUGCCUUGCCAAGCGAGCCACGGGUUUGUUCGAUUGCUCCUCGUUUAGGUCGAUUCUCUUAGCAAGUGUGCCGGGAAAGAUCUUUCACCGCAUUAUGCGGGACAAGCUAGCACCCAGCUUGGCUAGAGUAAAGGCAGACCUGCAAGCCGGCCAACUCCCCGGAGUUGGCGUUGAGGGGAUCUCGCUUGCUGUCAAGUCUUACCUAGCAUGGGCUCGCAGCUCCGGAUAUGGCACAGCGGCUGUGUUUUUCGAUGUCAAGGCAGCUUUCUACAUGUUGAUCCGCCAAGCCCUUGUGCCGGUUGCCGAUGCUGAACGUAGUUUGGUCGCCCUUUUUUAUAAGUUGGGUGUGCCCGAGCAUGCGGUCGCUGAGCUUGCCAGUCACCUGACCACAGCUGCUCAUGUAGCAGAAGCGGGAGCGACAGGCCACUUAACGGCUUUGGUUUCGGACAUGAUGAGAGGCACCUGGUUCAGGCUUGAUGGGGCCGCUGCCUUAGUUCUUACCGAACGGGGUAGCCGUCCCGGCGACCCUCUGGCGGAUUUGCUGUUUGCCUUCUCCUUCUCGGCAUAUGUUCGCAGUGCUGAAAUGGCUUUGGAACAACAUCAGCUCAGCCCGGUGGUGCCUUAUGUCCGUGAAGCCCCUCCUUGGGCACACUGGGAACCCUGUGUCAGUGUUGGCACGGCCGCCUGGGCGGACGACUUUGUCCUGCUCCAAGCAAGCAAGGCCCGCUCUCAGCUCAGUGGUCAGGUUAAAAAGGCGACACAAGUCAUGACCGAACAUGCCACUGCAAUGGGCAUGGUUCUUACCUUUGCCAGGGAAAAAACCGCGGUGCUGUUCGAUCAGGACUGUGACCCUACCGGCACGGUGCAGGACACGCAGGGGGAUGCGUGCCUUGCCAUCCCCAAUACUCUUUUAGGCACUACAGAGCUCUUGCCCAUUGUGGACUCUUACCGUCACUUGGGGAGCAUCAUCACUGCCAGCCACACCCCUUUGGCGGACAUAGCGUUCCGCAAGUCGCAAGCGGAUGCUAUCUUCAGGCCUCUCAAGGCUCGGCUCUUUGGCUCAGAGCGGGUUCCCCUGAAUGUUAGACGAAUGCUGCUGCGCUCUCUGGUGCUCUCACGCUUCGUCUUCGCUGGAGCUGUGCUUUUUCUCCAUGCUCAUCAGCAUCGUAGGCAGUGGUGCAGACACUAUGUCAGUUUGUGGGGAGGUCUCACUCGGCGCACCUCAGCCGAACGCUCCCCCCACAGUUAUGAUAUUCUGCACAAGGCGCAGGCCCCCUCGCCUCUCUUAGCCUUGGCUUUGAUGCGAGCCGUGCAGCUCAAACGCAUACUGUUGCAUGGCCCCGCGCAGCUCCUGCAUAUUUUGCAUGCGCAUUGGCGGCUCAGCCCAGUGCGCUCGUGGCUUGGUCUUUUCACUGCCGACAUGCAGGCAGUUUCGGUUUACUGCCCGGCGGCUGCUGCCCUGCUUUCGCAAGUUUGCCCCCUGACGGCUCUCGUAGAGGCCAUUCAGGAUCGGCCCAACUGGUGGGUUCUACAGGUACGAAAGGCUUGUAAGAGCUACCAGGGUGAUCUGGAGAGUUGGGUUCAGACAGGCAGGCCUUCGGUAGCGAGCGCUGAGGAGCCUCCUCUGCCACGGCCCUUUCAGUGUCGAGUGUGUGAAGCUUCUUUUUGCCUGCGCAAGCAUCAGGCUGUGCAUGAGGCACGUGCGCAUGGCCUCAUCAGCGUCGCACGCCGCCUCGCGCACACCCCAGUGUGCCAGGCGUGCAUGAAGUUUUACCACACGGUCGAACGACUCCAAGGCCACCUGAAGCAUUCGCCAGCCUGCAUGAUGCGCACAGUUCAUGUUCUUCCGUUGUUGACGCCAGAGCAAGUGACCAGCGUCGAGCAGGAGGACAAAGCAUGGCGCCGUGCAGUCCAUAAGGGUCACUGGAAGCGCUUCACAGCGGCCCGGCCUGUCCUCCCGGUUUUCGGCCCCCGACUACCGUUGUAUGCAGACAGGUUUAUGGACUUGCCUGAUGACGAGGUCACUUUGGACCUCUUCCGCUCAUAUCGCCCCCCUCCAGACAGUGUCCGCCUGGUUUUGGACUUCACUGAAUCCGUUUCGGUCGAGGGCCCCAGGGUUUCAGGAGCUGACUUCUGGAUGAGGAGGCCAUGUAGUUGA